AUGAGUCUAAGAGAGUACGCAUACAAGCAAGUGGAAGGAGGCGAUCUAGUCGCCAGUGUCUGGUACAAGCUAGGGCCCUCAGAGGCGGCGAAACCCAUCGCACUCUAUUUCCAUGGAGGGAACCUGGUCCUCGGUCACAAGGACAUGCUCUCCAACGGCUACAUUCAGCAACUCCUAGACUUAGGAUUCGGGGCGGUUGUCUCGCCAAACUACCGACUUGCCCCGACGAUUUCUGCGUUGGAAGGGCCUGUCCAGGAUGCCAAGGAUAGUUACCUAUGGACUCAGACGCAGCUGCCUGAAAUUUUAGCCAAGGAUACGAACAUUCGUCUUGAUGGGGACAGGAUCGUGACCUUGGGCCACUCUGCUGGAGGGACCCUGGCCCUUUUAAUGGCUUCGCUUCCCCAUAAACCACUUGCAAUCCUUGACAUCUUCGGUCUCAAAUACUUCAAAGAUGAUUUCUAUUCCAAGCCAAACCCCGCAUUCCUCAAAAUACCGGACCUGGACCAAGCACUGGGAACGUGGCUGAGAUCUAUCGUACCAGAUGGGAAUUAUAACGGGAUUGACCCAGCAGCGCUCUUUGACCCUUCAUUUCCUCCAACAUACUUCCUGCACGGGACGGCGGAUACACUCGUUGGUGUUGAGUUCUCUCGAAGGGCAUUUGAGGAAUUGAAAAGUAAGGGCGUUGAUACCAAACUCGUCGUUGAGGAGGGAGCACCGCAUGGCUUUGAUGCCGGGGCGAAGCCAGGUGAGCAUAAGUAUGAGCUCGUGGCGGCGGGUUUGAGGUUUCUCGCUAGCCAUGCUACUUAG